UGUUGUAUGGAUAACAUUAAAGAAGCAUAAGAUAGAGGAGACGGUGCAAACACAAAGUAUAAGGAUGAGGAAUUGGCUGGCUACCAUACAUCCAAGAUAAAGAGAAAAAAUUGCCAGAGAUAAAACACACACACAUAUCUCUCUAUCAUAUUCUUGUUACAACCAUGGCACUCAGGCUGUGGGCUUCUUCAACUGCAAAUGCACUCAAACUAUCUUCAGCAGCUUCUAGAACUCAUCACCUCCCUUCUCCCUUCUUUCUCUCCAGAUGCUUCUCUACCGUGUUGGAUGGACUCAAGUACGCAAACUCACAUGAAUGGGUCAAGCAUGAAGGCUCAGUGGCCACCAUUGGAAUCACUGACCAUGCUCAGGACCAUCUUGGAGAGGUUGUGUUUGUAGAUCUGCCUGAACCGGGUGGUUCAGUGAAACAAGGAGGCAGCUUUGGAGCGGUUGAGAGUGUGAAGGCAACCAGUGAUGUCAACUCUCCAAUCUCUGGUGAAAUCAUUGAGGUUAACGCUUCUCUCAAGGAAACCCCUGGCCUGAUAAACUCGAGCCCGUACGAACGUGGAUGGAUGAUAAAAGUAAAGCCAACUAGUCCAGCUGAAUUGGAUUCCUUGCUGGGACCAAAGGAGUACACUAAAUUCUGCCAAGAAGAAGAUGCUGCACAUUGAAUAUCUUUUAAUAUGCAUUGGACUAACUGUUUUUUUCACUAUCUUAUAUUAUCAUCAUCUUGUUAUUUUAAUGAACAACUGCUUUUUCCUUUCAUCUAAACUUUGAAUUUUGAAGCAGUUGUACAAUGUAAUGGAAUGAAAUUAUUUAUGCCAAGAACAAGUGUUAUGUGAAGGCGAAGUCUGUGGCCAAACCAAAACAAAGGCUAAGGUGGCCAAGGACAAAUGUCUAAUCUAAAAGGAACACGUGGUAUUUUUUAAGAGAGUAGAUCGGAGGAGUUGAUUGGAUCAAACAUGAGAAACACGGCGAGGAGAGAUCAAACGGCGGCGACUCCAACAAGAGGAACACGAGUCAGCGACAGAGUUCGUUGAGGUGCGUGGGCAAAAAAAGACCGUCAGCAUGGCUUACAUUAACCUGAGCGACGCCCACGGAAGAAGUGGGAGGAAAAGGUUAGGCUAGUCCAGCGGCUACGGCACCAUAUGACCGACGGAGAGUACCUGGGCGAUAGAGAACGUAGGUUUCAGUAGCCGAUCGGGUUCAGUGUGGGUAUGUCUUUAGUUUUCUCUGAGUAAAUGCACGAUGGUUAUGGGUAUUUUGAAAUGAGAAAGUACUCACUUUUAUUCAAA